CUAGAGCAGCUCCCUGCUAUCGAGUCGACAUUCCACUCAAAGCGUUAGCUGGAUCUAUACUCUUCUCUACUGUCCACAGCUUGGACAAUCGCAUUGCAUAUUCUGUUUAUACCGUCUGGUGCUGGGCAGCUUCGUUGAGAUGAACCCCUUGCAAUGCGCGAAGCGACCAGUUCAACGACUCCGACAUACGAAUUCGGCGUUUCAGCGGCGAAACGUAUCCAGCGUUCCUGCCACAUCGAAGGUACCGCAACCUCCCGAUUUACCCCAUAAGAAAGCGGCUCCCGCUCACCCUCCACUUCGACGGGAUCUUGACCUCUCCGGGCUCACCUCCUUCCCCUCUCUUCUCCACGCAAAUCCCUACCUAGACAAUACACUCACCUACGAUGAACCUCCAAACUGGGCAAACCCACAUCCGCUGAAGCUCAAGAUCCACAACGCUCUGCGCACCUUCUGGCCAAUCGAUCCGAAAACUGGACAGUUCGUCGGCUCCGCUCAAACGGCUAAGAUGCUGGAACAAAUGCAGAAAACCGAGAGAGAACAGGAGAAGGGGUUCGAAUCGACUCUCUCGAGUCUACCCCGCUCGUAUGUUGCGCCAGACACGAAGAAUGGAAUUUACGACCUGCACCGCUGGGCCGUAUGGUCGCGCCGCGUCGUUCAACAGACCGGCAAGGGCAAGAUGCCGUCGACCGCCUCCCUCAUCAUCGUCGGAAAUGGAGAUGGUCUUGUCGGAUGGGGACAGGGAAAACACGACAUCCCCGCAUCUGCGAACAACGCCUCCUUCCGCGAUGCCAUUGUCAGUUUGGACCGUGUAGAGCGGUUCGAGAAUCGCACAAUCUGGCACGACGUUGAGCUCAAGUUCGGUGCCACGCGUGUCAUCCUCCGCCCACGACCAUUGGGCUUCGGUGUCAGGGCAGGGCCGAUCAUGCAUCAGGUGUGCAAAGCCGCCGGGAUCAAGGAUAUCUCUGGCAAGAUCUAUGGUAGCAAGAACCCGAUGAAUGUAUUGAAGGCAACUUGCUUGGCGCUGUGGUCUGGAGGGGCGAGACCAGGGAUGGGUGAUGGUGUGGGUGGUGGGGGCAGAAGAUCGGAGAAAGGACAGGGCUUGCGGAGUAGAGAGGACAUUGAACGCGGCAGGGGCAGAAACCUCAUUGAGUUAUAAUGUUUCUCUUACUGUCCUUCGGUAUGCAGUUGACCAAUGCCAAAUGGAUUCCUCCACAUACAUUCCGAACAACUUUGACACACUUGAGCAAGCUACAUUCCGAUCUCCCACCAUUCUCUCGCUCAAGACAUCUCUGGAAUGUCUUCGGCCAUGUCAUACUCGCUCCGGAAUGAUGCUGUAGUUGCACACAUCGCUGUCUUGGAGCACGUUCACCCUCCUGAUUCAAUUAUCAACAUUGCUCAGCAUAUGGCAGACGACCGCAUAUAUUCUUUGGAAUAUAUGGAAUCAGCAGUCUACGGAGUCGACCAAUUGUCGAAACUUUGGAUGCUAGCAAAGAGGAAAGGAGCUUGGCUCCUUACCAAGCUCUACCCUCCACCGUCGGCCCAGCAACUCCG